AUGGCCUGCCGACUCUCUCCUGCAUCGUCAGGCCCGCAUCCUGUUGCUGGUGCUGGUGCUCGUCAAUUCUGCUGCAGCAUCAAAGCUCUCCCUUCCAUAAGAUAUUACUAUCAAGUCAACGAACUUUCGACAUUGUCAGUGUUCCAUGGCGCCACAGGAUUCUGGGCGUUUCAAAACGGUUCGCCCCACCUCAAAGCAGCCGCAAGUUCCUAUAUAUUCGACCGCGUGGAAUGGUUUAGCAUACACGACAAGAUGUCGCAUUCCGAUAUUGAGCGAACUGGACCAAACUUCAUCCAACCGGACAGCGCAAAGCGGGAUAGUUACGUGGGCACUCGCGGCUUCCACAGCUUUGGACAAUCAGAUGACCCCGUAUGA